AUGGAUAUUAGAGCGCUGAUACGUGAUGUCGUUUUGGGUGUGACCUUCAAUCCUAAGUAUUUGCGGUUGUCAAAGUGGGUAGCCACUCGCUGCAUACGUUAUCACUUGAACAAAUUGUUUGAUCAUGAGCUUAUCCAGGUUGUCGCUGCUAGCUUCCUUCAGACGUGGCCUUCAUGUUUCACCCCACCGACUGAAUUCUUCAACGCAUCAUGGAGGACCAAUUAA